AUGCGUAUACGGCACCCUAAAUUCGAUAGUCCCAUUCAAUCGCCGUCAACAACUAAUGAAAUGAGAAAACAUUUAAUCAGUUCAUCUCAAGGAUCUUCUUUUAAAAUGACAGAAUCACAACAGUGUAAAUCAAGGCAAAGUUCACCGCGUCUUUCUUCCACUGAUGGACACGUGUCAUCAAUAUCUGGUAUGUCAGAAUCUGGUGAAGAUCCAACCAAUACCUACCUAAAUCCGGAUUUUACUGACCCACAAUUAAUGACAAAAGUAAAUUACAAAAAUACAACUGCUCUGACUGUUUACUUUGGUAACUGA